UUGUCCCCGUGAGUCAGAAGCUGAUCGCGGCAUCUCGCGUUGUCAGGGGUUGUGAAGGAGAAGCGGCGUUGGGUACGGUGACCGGGUAAUUCCGAUUCACAGCCGAGCCAUCCCCCUUCCCCCUUUUCCCCGCCCUUUCCCCCUUUCUUCUUCGCUCGCAGGGGGUGGGCCGGGCGGACAUCGCGAGAUGCCGGUCCGCACCGAGGCGGCCUCGCUCAUCCCGCCGCCUCCCAUCAACACGCAGCAGCCCGGAGUCGCCACCACACUCCUGUACAGCGGCUCCAAGUUCAGGGGACACCAGAAAAGCAAAGGCAACUCCUAUGACGUGGAAGUGGUGUUGCAGCAUGUUGACAUGGAAAACUCUUUUCUCUGUGGAUACCUAAAGAUCAAAGGGCUCACUGAGGAAUAUCCAACUCUUACCACGUUUUUUGAAGGAGAAAUAAUCAGUAAAAAACAUCCAUUUUUAACAAGAAAAUGGGAUGCAGAUGAAGAUGUAGAUCGAAAACAUUGGGGGAAAUUCUUGGCAUUUUACCAAUAUGCGAAAACAUUUAACUCAGAUGAAUUUGAUUAUGAAGAGUUAAAGAACAGUGACUUUGUCUUCAUGAGGUGGAAGGAACAAUUUCUAGUCCCUGAUCACACAAUCAAAGACAUCAGCGGUGCUUCCUUCGCAGGCUUUUAUUACAUUUGCUUCCAAAAAUCCACAGCUUCAAUAGAGGGCUAUUACUAUCACAGGAGUUCAGAAUGGUAUCAGUCUUUAAACUUGACACACGUCCCUGAACACAGCACUCCGAUCUAUGAGUUCCGGUGACGUUCAUCAAUGCAAUCUGCCUCAGACAGUUGGGGGAAGAGAGUCGACAAAUAGUGGAACUGUUGAGCGGGUAGAGAGAGAAAAGUGUUCUGUAACAAUGAGAACAAUUAUUGUUUCUCUGCUGCUGACAGACCGACCACAACAUGAUGAGGAGCUCGAGCAUCAAUAAUCCAAUCCAAGUGCAUGACUGUUGGAGCUUGUGUUCACCAAGCAAAAGAAAACUCCAUUUUAAUCUCAUUUUUAAUGCUAAUUUAAAUGGCACUUACAGAUUUUCAAUUUUGGUCUCUGAUUUAUAAAGUUCUUCUUGUACUUCUAACUUGUACAUGAACUGGCAAUGAGCCAAUGGUGUGAGAGCUGUGUGCUAUUGUGUUUUUGUUUCUUCCCCCUUUUUUUGCUGUUGCUAUUUUUAUACAUUGCUAAUCAAGCUUGAAUUCUUUAGAUGGCAGUGGUCCUUUUUAUCUAUGCUGCUGGUGCUGUUGCACAUGUUCUGUACUAGGGUUUUUAUGGGAGAACAGAAGUGGCCUUAUCCUAAUAGAGAGCAAUUGUUUAGAUACCACAAAACAGUAUUGGAGGGAGAGGUGAAGUUUAAAAUAAAAUGCUCAAUUAAUUAAAAAAAAACUGACCUUUGUAAGACUCAAGUUGUAUAGAGCAUUUCUGAAAUGGCAUGCCUGGCAGUGUGUUAGUAAGGCCUUUGACCUAAUCAAGAAGUAAUAGGGAAUAAAUCAAACAGUUGCCAGGCUAUAGCUUUGUAAUUUUCUGUUAACACAUGCUGUGUGUGGAGUUUGAGUUUUUUUUUUGUGAAUGCGGCAGGUGUGUGUGUGUUGUUGGUGCUAUCUCAGCUGUUCACAGAAGGAUACUGCGUGCCUUUAAUCAUGUAAAUCCAUAAGGAAUUACAGAAAUACUCAAUUUACAUUACAUCAGUAGGAAAUUCCAUGCACAGUAUAUUGCUCAUUUUGAGGUUGUGGUCGCAGCCCAUCAUGACCCCCUCCAAGGAAAGCCUUUGUGCAAACCCUGUGAAAAGUAUUGGAUCCAGAGUUUUCAUGUUAAGUAUGUGCAAAGAGAGAACAAAUCCACCUUAAAUCUAGCCAUGGGUCAAACUAGCUCGUUGCUGUUGGAUGUUGCACUUGAAUAGUGGAUGAGGGAGAGAACAAGGGUUUCCAAAUUGGACAGCCUAUUUAAUAUAAUGUUUUUAAAAUAUAGAUGUAUUAAUAAAAUUGGUGCAAAAAUAUCCUUUUUAAGGUAGUGAAGACAAGAUGCAAGGCGUUAACAUUCUCACAAUGACUGACUCUUUCAGAAGCCCCAUUGCACCUCAAUGAAAUUCUAAAUAUAACAGCAUGUUAAAACUAAAUCUACUGGCUAUAAUGGGAUUUAAUUGAACAAGAUUGGAAUGGUUGCAGUCUUGUAGCCAGCAGUUCGCGUGAUUUCAACAAUGGAUGUUUUAACAUUCAAAAUAACAAUUGAGGUGGCUACUCUUUUGUAAACUUAGAAAAAAAAUUAUUGCAUCCAUCAUAAUCCAGUGACAUACAGUGAAAUAUAGUGCCAUCAUUUUUACUAAAUGUAUUGCACCAGCCUUUUUGUCCAUUCUUUAAAUUGUUGAAUCUUGAUAAAUGCUUUACUGAUUUGCCAAGAGAGAUGAUAAUGUGUGUGUCUUUGUUUUUGAGAGUAAAUGGGAAGAGGAAUUUUAUCUAUGGAUCAAGAUUAUGCUUGGAUCAAGGAGGUAUUUAACAAAAGCCUCUCCUGAGAUAUUCAAAUGGACUCUAAUUUUUGAACCCUACAUCUAAAAGUGAGGGCAGCGUUUUGCUUCAUACUAUCCCAAUGUUUUUGGAAAAUAGGAACUUUUAAUUUCACAUGGUUCAAGACUUCCUUUUCUGAAUUUUGCAUAUUUUUGGAAUUCUAAUAAAUAAAGCUGAAAGUCCUUUUUUAUUUAAAACAUGAGUUGUUUAAGUGUGAGAAAGGAUUGCUGAUUAGAGUGAAGCAGCCCAUGUACAUUGCGUCUGACCUGUUGAUACUUGAGAGAGUGACUAAUUGGUUUGAAAGUGAGUUGAUUUUAUUGUAUAAAUCAGAGCAUGGGAAUGAAUGUUUUAUUACAUUACACUGUUCAUGAGACAUCAGGAGCUUUUAAGUUGCAGAUCUGUGGUGAUAUUAAUGAGGAUGCCGCAUCCAAUAAAGGUCCUGUGAAAGA